UAGUGCGUCCCGCCCCGCCCCGCUCCGCCGCCCGGUGUCCGGUAUGGUCGUGUCGGUGCUCGCCGGUGUCUGCCUGGCCGCCACCCUCGCCAUGUUCGCCACCGGCUUGUCUGACCUGCGCCAGAUGUUGGCGACCAAAAGCGUGGAGAACAUCCAGUUCCUGCCCUUCCUCACCACUGAUGCCAACCAAGUGCCUGUGCCACAUCCCUGCAGCAACCUGAGCUGGCUGGGCUACGGCUGCCUGAAGGGGGACGGGACAGUGAUCACCGUCAACGCCAUCGGGGCAGCUCUGCAGACCCUCUACAUCCUGGUGUAUCUCUACUACAGCCCUGCCAAGCGCCCCGUGCUGCUGCAGGUCCUGCUGCUCCUGGCUGUGGUGGUCACUGGCUGUGGCUACUUCAGCAUGCUGGUUGAUGCUGGGACACGCCUGACACGCCUGGGGCUCUUCUGCAGCGUCUUCACCAUCAGCAUGUACCUCUCACCGCUGGCUGACCUGGCCAAGGUUGUCCGGAGCAAGUCGACGCGGUGCCUGUCCUUUCCCCUGACCGUCACCACCCUUGUGGCCUCCAGCAGCUGGACGCUCUAUGGCCUGCAGCUCCAUGAUCCCUACAUCACAGUCCCCAACGUGCCAGGGAUCCUCACCAGCCUCGUGCGGUUCUGGCUCUUCCAGCGGUACAGACCAGAGCAGGGCAAGCCCUACAGCGCCCUGCCUGCCUGAGGGGUCCCCAGGAGCACCCCAACUCUGGCCUGGGCUGGCCCCAGUGCCACCUUGCCCACUCCCAGUGGGACAUCAGCAAGGACCUGCUGCCUCCAGCCCUGCAUCCUUCAGCGAAGGCCCUGCAGCUCUCAGCGAAUCCUUUGGGG